AUGGCAAAACUAGAUAUCAGUGUCUUCAAAUCCAAGAUCAUCAAGAUUGAAGUCGGCCCAAGCUGUAUGGUGGCAUACCUCCACUCUGGACUGUUAAAAUUCGCCGAGUUCCCUGAGGCAAAUAACCAGAAUGCGGAUGACGUCGAUACCGAUUCGCCUGAGAAAUUGAUAUGGAUCAAUAAGCCUGUUGAAGAUAUCUUUGCCUAUGUGUUUGAGUAUCUCUGCACAGGGGAUUAUUCUAUUCCCUUACCACGCGAUGUUGCCCCUGCGUGCUUUAAUGAAAAAUGGCCACGUACUGAAUCAGACUUUACUGGUAAUUUGAAUGGAAACAUGUUUGAGAGUUUGCAAUCUAUCCAAGAAGUUUCAGAUUAUAUAGUGAGGGGAAUAUAUCCACAGCCCGCUCUCCCAUCUAAUGGAGGCAAACAUCAGUAUUCCCAUGGAUAG